AUGGUUGUGCCUCUUUUCGGUCGGAUAUCGGUUCUUACAGACAGGUUCUCCAAGCAAUCAAGAGAUACGUUCGCAACAUCACCCCGAACAGUUAUAUGUGACUUUGAGCAAGCCCUAAUCAAUGCAGUUGAAACCGAGUUACCCAACGUGACUGUUCGAGGCUGCUACUUCCACUUCACCCAGAAUCUCUGGAAGAGAGUUCAAGCACUUGGACUUACUGGACACUAUCGCCUUAACCGUCACCUGAGGAGAUGCAUUCGGAAAGUGAUGUCUCUUGGUUACCUACCAAUGCCAAUUCUCCAAAUGAACUUCAACUUGCUGCGAAAUGCCAGGCGAACGAGAAAUCUCAUCAACCGGUACCCUGCCCUGAUGGACUUCUUCGCCUACGUGUCGAAUACCUACGUAAAUGGCACAUUCACACCCAUCCUGUGGAACGUGUACGAGAGGGACAUGGAUAUGAGGACGAACAAUAAUGUUGAAGUAGUGAGCACCCGGAAGUGGCGGGAGCUUCCGUUCUGGAUAUCCCUAUUCUGUUACCACAGAGUGCUGAAUGACACAGUUGUUGUGAAGCAUCCGUCCCUGUGGACCUUCAUCAGGCAUCUCAAAGACAUACAGGCCAACGUUGAAAAUUCCGUUCAUUCCGCCGACCUCGGAGAUGCGCCUCCUGCACGAAAACGGAAGUGGAGACAGCUCGAGGCAAGACUUCAGCGCCUGAAAGCACAGUACGUGGCUGGAGACAGAAACCUGGAAGCUUACUGGCGUGCAGUUUCACACUGCAUUGGAUACGAUUAA